AGUGUCGCUUCGACUUGCGCAGAACGUUCCGUACAUUUUCAUCAGUUCUCCUUGUUCGAAGAAGUGGUACUGUCGUUACUUGUUUUAAUUUUUGCUAAUAGAAGAUUAUUAAUGUUAUAAUAUUUACUCAUGCACCAUACAAUUUUGCGAAGUUUAAAGGGGAUUCAUGGAUCAAAGGUAGCAUUUGGAGGUCAAGUAGACCUUAGGCCAAACAGUGUCAACCUUUGUAUCGCAAGGUGUAAAAUUCAAAUAGCUAUGUUGGAUGAAGAAAAAUUGUCAGCUAUCGAGAUGACACAUUCUGAAAUAAAUAGUUUAUCUUGGUUGCACAAAGCUUCGCCAGGUUUUCCUGUAGAUGGUUCAAAAGUAACUAUUAUACAUGAGCCUGCUGCAUUUUAUGCUACUCUUUUAGAAAAAUGUAAAACAGCACGAAAAAGAAUAACCUUGGCCUCAUUAUACCUAGGAACAGGCAAAUUAGAAACUGAACUGGUAUCAGCCAUAGAAAACAAUUUAAUGGCCAAUAACAGUGAGGUAAAAGUGAACAUUUUAUUGGAUUACAUGAGAGGUUCACGCGGACGAGUUAAUUCUCGUAAAAUGUUGGAACCUCUUCUUAAUGGUAAAUGGAGUUCACAGUGCAAUGUAUUUCUCUAUCAUACUCCCAAGCUGCGUGGGGUUCUGAAAGCCCUGAUACCUGAACGUUUCAAUGAGUUGAUCGGUCUGCAGCACAUGAAGCUCUACCUCUUCGAUGACACUCUCAUCAUCAGUGGUGCCAAUCUGAGCAAUGAUUAUUUCACCAAUCGACAGGAUCGUUACUUCAUGAUAGAGGACUGCAAAGAACUCUGCGACUUUUAUGGAAAUCUGGUUGAAAGAGUUGGAGAAUUUAGCUUUCGCUUACUUCUGGACGGUACCACUUCUUAUAGUUCAACAAUUAAGGCCCACCCUUAUAAGAGUCCUAGCAAGGACUUCACUGCAGCAGCUUCCGAGAAGAUACAAACCCUUUUCCAAGAUGAGAUGGAGAAACGUUCCGAGCUCAACCAACUUGCAGGAGCAUCGGAGACGGACACUUGGGUCUUCCCAUUAGUUCAAAUGGGACAGCUUAAUAUUCACCACGACAGUGAUGUGACUCUUCGCAUCCUGGAAACAGCUCCAUUGGGAGCAACCCUAAGAUUAGCCACUGGGUACUUCAAUCUAACAUACGACUAUAGAAAUGCAAUACUGAAUUACACUGAGGCGGCUUGUCACUUACUUACAGCUCAUCCCACAGCUAAUGGUUUCUUUGGUGCAAAAGGUAUAGCAAGGGGUAUACCAGCGGCCUAUACGAAAAUAGAGGAAUCAUUUUAUGCAGAUUGUGAAAAAAAGGGUCAGGAUGACAGAAUUACUCUAUGGGAGUUUAUACGUCCAGGUUGGACGUAUCAUGCAAAAGGUCUUUGGUAUUCUUUACCUGGUCAACAAAAACCUUGUAUGACACUUAUUGGCUCUCCUAAUUUUGGGUAUAGAUCAGUAAGACGAGAUCUCGAAACACAAGUAGCGGUGGUAACGAAGAAUGAAAAAUUGCAAGACGCCCUGGAGAAAGAGCACGAGCGUUUGUUCUCGUGCGCCACACCAGUUACCAGGAAGUCCUUUACCCAGAAGGAUAGGAUUCCACCAGCCUGGGUAUGCGCGGCGGUUAUCUUCUUUCGCUAUUACUUUUGAAAUUCACUGACUGUCUUCUACCGUAACUUCACAGUUUUACGCAGUCAAAAACGCGAGAACAUUAAUUUAGGAUAGAUAAAGCUGCUGAACAUUACAUAAUUAUGAAAAUUUUUAACAUCAAACAGACAUUUCGUUUUCGCUUCCGUGUUGAUCCGCGACAAAAAUUUGUAUUUCCGAUGAAUCAAUAAUUAUCAAAAGCAAGGACAAGGAAUUAGAAGUUACCACAAAUCUUCCUCUAUACUUUUUUUUUGUACGUGAUGCUUUAUCCUGUUAUCUUUCAAAAUAAAUGAUUAAUUCUGUUAAA